AUGACAUUAAUACACGCGUGUUUUACGAUCUACUUCUACCCAUUAAGCAUAAGAGUUAUAAAAUUUCCUACACUAUGUUUGUCUAAACAAUACCCGGUUAUUGGGCGUAUCUUAAAUUGUACACCUAUCUGUCUAAUUAUCCGAUUGGAAGAUGAUAACCCGAGCAUACAUUUUACGUACGACGCUUUCGUGUGCCACAUUCAAGACGAUCCGGAGGACAAGCGGUUCGUUCAAGACCUUAUUGAGGAGCUAGAAGAUAGAAGAGGACUUCGACUCUACGUCCCAGGUCGCGAUAAUAGAUUGGAUGCAUCCGAAAACAUCAUUCAUGCUGACGAAAUUGAGGAAAGUUGCCGACGAGUGAUCAUAGUGCUAUCAAGGUCGUUUUUUCAGACCAGAUUGUCCGUCUUCCAAGAAAGAUUUGCACAAGAAUUAUGGACAGCGGAAAGGCGUGCUCGAAUGAUUGCAAUUAUCCGUGAAAGAGGCGCCGUCGUACCUGAUACACUAAAUGAUUGUAAUACUCUCGACUAUAACGACAUGAAUGAGAUCAACUGGGCACUCUUGGCGUCAUCCAUCAAUGAACCGAUCACACAAGCAACAUAUAGGAGAUUUAUAUUAAAUCGAAACGGGCGGGGUCUUAGUUUUCCUUUUCCAGCCGGCGGAAAUGAAAACACAGUGUUAACACUUCGAAAUAGUCAGCCUCCUCCAGGCCCGAACCGAUCACCCGAUCCAGUUUCAACAGAACAUACCAGGACUCAAUGGCCAGACGGCGAAAGCGGAAACACAACACCCAAAACGGUACAUUCUGAUCAUACAACACCAACGUUCAUACUACCAACAACCGAAAAAAAACUUUAA